AUGUAUGCGACGCACGAGACGUUUCGCAGAGGACGUCGGCAGCAGCGCCAUGUGCAGGAAGUACUAUCAAUAAUGUGUACCAUCCAUAGACUGUAUGGUACCAUCGUGCUAACCGAUCACAUAUCAUGUUGUUGUAGUGUACACAUAGGGCAUAAACUAGGGUAUAGAAAGUGUACUUGUAGGACAGCUGGAUACCAGUGAGAUGCAGCGAGAGAAAACGACGACUACACGAGCUGUAUAUGUGAGAAAGAGUUCAGUAGAGGACUGUUUACAUCAGUCAUGUGGACGAGAUCACUGAGUGCAGGAUACAGAUGCUUUGGAUGCAACGGUUUUGGAAUAAAGGGAAUUUUGGGCUCCCAUGCAGUGCGAAGAUGCAGCACUCCAGCCUUACCUACAGGCAGGAUUACUGCACUCCAGGCAGCAGACUUAUGGAGGAAGCACUUUGAAGAAAUGGGUGUGACAGAGCCUGACCACUCAAGCAAUUACAUCAUUGCUUAUCUGCUUGGGGCUAAAACUAUUGAAAGUCUAGAGCGGGGGAAGUUAACAGAGUUUCUCAGCCAAGAAAUGGGGCAGAUGUGGAAGCUCUGCACCAGACGCCUGUCUAGUAUGCCUGUGCAGUAUGUCAUUGAGGAGUGGGACUUUAGAGAUCUGACACUGAAGAUGAGACCUCCCGUCUUCAUACCAAGACCUGAAACUGAGGAGCUGGUUGAACUUGUGCUCACUGACUUGAAGAAGAAGUCUGGGAGAGGAGUGGGUGAUGAUGCAGCACUAACAUGUUUGGAGGUGGGAUGCGGCUCUGGUGCCAUUUCUCUUAGUCUGCUGAAGAGUCUGCCCCAGCUCAAAGCCAUUGCUUUGGAUCAAAGCCAGGAGGCCGUUGAUUUAACAAGACAGAAUGCGAUUAGCUUGGGGCUUCAGGACAGAUUAGGUCAUCAUAUAGAUGUACUGAAAGAUGCUGAAGCUGUGCUGAGCCUCUGUAACCCUGUGUCAGCUUUAGUCAGUAACCCUCCAUACCUGUUCUCAGAAGAUAUGAUGACACUGCAUCCCGAAAUAUACAGGUUUGAAGACCACGCUGCUUUGGAUGGAGGUGAAGAUGGCCUAAAAGUGAUCAAACAGAUUUUGACCCUUGCUCCACAUAUUCUAUCAAAUCAUGGGCGUGUUUACUUGGAGGUAGAUCCCAGACACCCCCUGCUUAUUCAGCAGUGGUUGAAGGCGAAUGUGGAAGAGAUGCAUUAUGUGGAGACGCAGCAGGACAUCAGUGGCAGGCCACGAUUCUGCAUCCUUCAGAAAGACAAGUCAAACAAGGACCACAAGCUUGAUCUGGAUUGAGAAACUGAGAUCCUAUUACGCUGGCUUUAGCCCAGGUUGCCACGGCCUUAGCUCCCCUACCCCCCCUGAGCCGCUGAGCAUGCACUCGCACUGAUUCUCUCACUCAAAAGUCCCAAUUUGCGGAAGCUGAAAUGAUUUACACAUCAGUACUGCACUUUUAAUCCGCUAACAUUUGUGAUCACAUCCUGCCACAUGAUAAAAAAAAUCUGUGCGAGAUGGCUAAAAAGCAGGCUCAAAGCUGAAGGUAAUUACCGGGGCUUUUCUUAGAACCCUCCCUCCCGAAUCUCUCCCUCCUCCUGGGAAGCACUCAGUAGUUCUGUGAAUCCGCUGAUGAACGGUCCUCCCUUCACUUGUCCACUCGCUGACUCAGAUGUGGGCUGUGUAUGCAUUGUUGAGCAAAACACCACAAUGUGGCCUUCAGUUCCUCACACAGUCUGGGUUUCUCAUACACUUAAAGCUCAAAGGCCACAAAUCUUUGUGUUUCAAAGGUGAUUGAAGGCGCAAAUAUUUCGUAACAAAGUGUCACAAGAGCAGCCGUCAUGUGCUGGUUAGUAAUGAUGAUUAUGACAGAUUUUCUCUAAAUCCUGUGAGUAAUACUUCUAUUUUAAACAAUACAAAAGGAGGAUAGAAGACACAAAAGUGAGACUCCAGUUGGUUAUUUUAAUAGAAAAUGUACACAUGUAAAAGGUAGAAAAAAUGUCUUACUGAGAAAAAUAAAUGGUGUAAAA